AUGACCGGCUUACCGAACGGCGCCUCCGCCCCGUCGGAGACGUCCCCUCUACUGCGCAGCACCGAUCCGGGGCCCGUCAACGGUAACGGCAACGGCGCCAUUCAAAAUGGCGGCGCCGGCCGCGACGACAAGCGGGACGGCAACCCCGAGAUGGCCAAAAAGAUGCACCUCCUGCUCCCGGCCAUCGGCAUCGGCAUCUACCUCUGCGCCGUGGACCAGCUUCUCACCGUAGCCACAUACGCCAAGAUAGGCAGUGAACUACACGCCUUGAACAACACGAGCUGGCUGGCGACAGCCUACUUCAUCACCCUGACCUCCUUCCAGCCCCUCUACGGCAAGCUCUCAGACAUUUUCGGCCGCAAGGAGUGCCUCCUCUUCGCGUACACCGUCUUCGCCCUCGGCUCGCUGGGCUGCGGCCUCGCGCGUACCUUCACGCAGCUGUGCCUCGCGCGCGCCGUCGCCGGCAUCGGCGGCGGCGGCAUGAACAGCGUCGUCAGCAUCCUCAUGUCCGACAUCGUGCCCCUGCGCGACCGCGGCGUCUGGCAGGGCUACAUCAACAUCAUCUUCGCCGCCGGCACCUCCACCGGCGCCCCGCUCGGCGGCCUGCUCGCCGACUCCGUCGGCUGGCGCUGGUCCUUCAUCGGCCAGGUCCCCCUGUGCGUCGCGGCCUUCGCGGCCGUGUAUUUCGUCCUCGACCUGCCGCAGACCAGUCACGACCACUGGCGCGAGAAGGUGCGCCGCAUCGAUUUCCUCGGCGCGGGAUGUCUGGUUGCUGCCGUCGUGGCGCUGCUGGUCGGGCUCGAUGCGGGCUCGAACCGCGGGUGGGCGAACGGCGUGACGCUCGCGGGGCUGGCGGCCGCCCCCGUGCUGUUCGGCGUGUUCGUCUUCGUCGAGAUGCGCGUCGCGAGCCACCCGUUCGCGCCGGGGCACAUCAUCUUCGACCGCAGCCUGUUCGCGGGGUACCUCACCAACUUCUUCGGCGUGGCGGGGCACAUUGCGAGCAUCUUCUUCCUGCCGCUCUUCUUCCAGGCCGUGCAGGGCGCGUCGGCGACGCAGGCGGGCGCGUUCUUGGUGCCUGCGAUGAUCUUCUCGGUGGUUGCGUCGGUGGGCAGCGGCGUGAUUAUGAAGCGGACGGGGCGGUACUACAAGCUAACCGUGGCGGCGUUCGGGCUGAUGUGCGCGGCGCUGGUGCCGGUCGUGGCGGCGCUGUGGGUACGGUCGACGGCGGGGGUUGUGGGCGGGAUGGCGGUGCUGGCGCUCGGCGGCGGGGCGGGGAUCACGACGACGCUGGUGGCGCUGCUGUCGAACGGGUCGGUGGAGGACACGGCGGUCGUGGUGGCGUGUUCGUAUCUGUUCCGGAGUUUGGGCAGCAGCAUCGGCAUCAGCGUGUGCUCGGCGGUGCUGCAGCAGGUGUUAAGGACGCAACUAAGGGUCAGGCUGAGCGACGGGGAGGAGGCGCGGAGGAUCGAAGAGAGGGUGAGGGAGAGUCUGGACUAUAUCCGCGAGCUGGAGCCGGGGGUUCAGGGGGAGGUGAGGGGUAGUUAUCAGGUGGCUACGUUGGGGGCCAUGGUGCCCAUGACGGCGUUUUUGGUGCUUGCUUUCGCGUCGACAUUCUUCAUCCGGGAGCGGGCUUUGAGUAAGUGA